AUGGGAUUCUACCACGUAUCUAGGAUUGGGAUGAUAAGAGGAUUUCACCCGUUGUUAGCUGCUCUGGUUGAAAGGUGGAGGCCGGAGACUCACACUUUUGUGUUGCCGGUGGGUGAGGUUAUGGUGACAUUGGAGGAUGUCGCACAUAUAUUUGGCUUACCAAUUGAUGGAGAGCCCGUGAGUGGAUGGACUGACAGUAGUAGUGAUUUCGUUCAGAGUCACAGCAUGGAAAUAUUCGGUCGUCAACCGGUUCUCAGUCGUAAUUCAAAAUCCUAUAUAAAGCUCGGUUGGGUUCGAAGUGUCAGAGAUGCGGAGCUGUUGGACACUGAAGAGUCCAUAAGGAGAUACGUGAGAUGUCAGAUUUUCUGUCUGUUAGGGUCGACUCUAUUCACAGAUAAGUCGACCGCAUAUGCCCAUGCGAAGUAUCUACCAUUGCUUCGCGAUUUCGAGCGGAUCCAUACUUAUAGUUGGGGUUCAGCAUGUCUGGCUCAUCUUUACCGAGCACUAUGCCGUGCAUCACGAUAUGAUACGAAGGAGAUGGAUGGUCCUCUUAACCUGUUGUUUGUUUGGGCAUGGGAGCGAAUGCCGUGUAUUUCACCCGCACCGAGGCAUAUCCUUCCACCUGCUGAGAUACCAGUUGCCAUGAGGUGGAGUCAUGCGGAUCGGAGUACAGCGUGGUUGGAGAAGACUGUUGUGACAUUUAGGGUUGAUAUAGACUACAUGCAGGAGUUUGAGUGGCGGCCGUACCAGGGAAUGAACAUUCCCGUCGAGUUACACAGACAUCUUGAUGUGUGUGAUAUCGUUGCUCCGUUGUUGUCGUUUGAGUGUAUCGAGUGGCACCCUGCGGAUCGAGUGAUGCGUCAGUUUGGGUUCUUACAGCCCCCACCGCGAGCACCUAGGGACAUUCCACUAGAGCAGCAUUGCAUGGCUCUUCGCGGAGUGCAGCUUUAUGACUGGACAGUUUUGCUUGGGGAUUGGAUAGUGGAGUGGGGCAACAGGCGAAACACUCGUAUGCGGGAUCUACACCCCCUUCCGACAUGGGACUUCAUACCGACCCCGGAGUAUCGGGAUUGGUACGUGCGCUCAUUCGGACAUCUGCUGAGAUUGUCGGCAUAUGUUCCUCAUGCACCUGCACCUCAGCCACCUCAGCCACCUCAGCAUGCAGUGUUUGAGCCGGUUCCUUAUUAUGUACCACAGCCACCUCAGCCACAGGACCAUAGUGCAUCCAGCCACCACUCUCAGCCACAGGACCAAAGUGCAUCCAGCCACCAUUCGCAGCACUCUCAGCCGGUACUGACGAUUCCAGCCGGUACUGAUGAUUGGUUCGACUUUUCCAUCGGCGGUCACGGAGAUCAACAACUACAGAAUUGGGCCAAUGAUAGUUUGGGUGGUUGGUCAGAUUUUAGUGCUCUGCAUUCACCGUCGGGUACAGCUGAUCCACGUGGGGCAUCAGUUGGUAUGAGCCAUGGUUUGGAGCAUCCUGCUUCCGACCACACGUCGGAAGGUGCAUCGUGUGAUAGUGGAUUCCUUCGGCGGACAUACACACUUGUUGACGAGUACAACCCCGGUGCAUCUGCUCCAGCAGAGGCAGGUGGAUCGGCACAUCCAGGAGAGGCGGGUGGGUCAGCAGAUCCAGCAGGGGCGGGUGGGUCGGCACCUCGGGUAGAGACAGGUAUGGGUGACCCAGUUGCAGGUCACCCAUAUGACCUUCGGACGGAGCGACAUCCACCUGAUAGGUAUACUCCGUCAAAGCCAGGUCUUAGCAUGAUGGAUAAGGCAUUGCACUGGAUGGGUCGUAAGAAGUGAGCAUCGGGUUGGGUUUUUAAGAUUUGAUAGUAUGUUUCACUGUAUUUUAAUGUUCUGUAUGUUGGUCGAUGUUAUUUCAUACUAUGUUUCAAUGUAUUUUAAUG